CUUCCAGUCACAAACAGCUAACUCACCGAGCCCGAGAUUUAUGAGUACAUCAGUGCCUAUGUUGACAGUUAGGACCCUGUAAGUCGUACUUUUGAAGACCUAUCUUGGCAGCUAAAUUGUAACCUACUGGGGUGAGAAAACAGGCUCUCCGGGGAGGACAUGAAGGGUACUGUCUGGAAGAGGCAGAUCAUCUGCUUGUGUGUUUUAGCCGUGUGUGCGUUAUUGGUAUUUUAUAAUCGAUCCUCUUCUAAUACCCGUAAACUGAUCAACAGGAUACCUAGCAUCUCCCCCAUCAGUCAGCCCCGCAAAGCCACAUCACCGCCACACGCUCUGUUUAUUCCUGACCCUGAAAUCCUACAAGAGAUGAGCAGAGAUGAAUUGUACAGUUUACAGCAAAGGUACAUGACCAAUCUACAAAUACGUUGUCCCAGGAAAACAGUCUAUGGUGGGGUAGGAAAAGGAUGGUAUACUUGUGACCUAUACAGAGGUGACAACGCCCAGCGCUGUGAUGCCUACCUGUUGACGGACGUUCUAAGUAAAGAGGGCGAAAUGUUCUUCGAUGAAAUACAGGUUGAUCAUGGAUGUAAGAAGCAUGUGAUCCUGACCACCGACACUGAAUCAAAAUUAACCAGAUAUUUGAAGGACGUCCUAAAACAACCUAAGGAAGAUACCAAUUAUAGGGAAAAAUAUUUUAUGGCUGUUUCAACGUCCACACACGAGGACUUCUUGUUAGACUGGCUGCUACAAAACAAGCUGUUGACGGAUGUCCAGCAGUUGUUUGUUACAUUCCACGGGAUAGACGCCCAGAGUAGCACGUCAGCCUACAUACACCACCUCUCAGUCCUCAAAGCAUUGUAUGAGGAAGGCUUUCGGUCCUUCCACUACCUCUUCAAUCCCAUAUAUUAUUAUAAUCAUUCAAUGCGAAUGUGGACUACGAAAGGCCGAUACACACUCUAUAUGAUGCGCGCCCUACCAGUCUCACCCCCUAUUGUUAUACCGCCUACAGCGGAUAUAAAGAGGAUGUCUUUACCAAAACUGGGACUCCUUUACCAUUCGUACAUGCACUCGUCACAGGAGCACUGUAAGGAUGUGGUACGUGUCGGUCAGGCGAGCGACGGAGGCUGGAACAUGUGUAAUGCUACAGAAUAUCGUCCUUCACAACCCUGUCUGGUCUAUUCCUUCGGUAUAAACAAUGACUGGGGAUUUGAUGACGACAUUUCUACCAAUUACGGUUGCGAGGUUCACGCGUUUGAUCCAAGCAUGGGAUUUAAUGACCAUAAAAGAUCGAGCAAAAUCACCUUCCACAAUCUGGGAUUGUCAGAUAAGAAUGGAAUAAUGAAUGGAAAUUGGAAGUGCAUGAACUUACAAACCAUCAUACAGUCUCUUGGCCAUGAAGGGAGAAUCAUCGACAUAGUGAAGAUGGACAUAGAGGGAAGUGAGUGGCCUGCCAUGGACAGUUUCAUACCAUCAGGAGUCCUGAAAAAUGUUAGGCAAUUGUAUUUUGAGUUUCACGGAAGCAUCGGACCAACUGCGGAGUUCCGAAAUAGAAUGAUUAAUAUUGGAAGACUCUAUGACAAUGGAUUUCGUUUAUUUUGGGGGCACCCGAACCAAGUCCAGGUCAAUCUAGGAAUGUAUAACGCAACUGGACGUGAAGUAACAGCCUGUUAUGAGGAAUAUUAUGUUAAUGUUAAAUUAAAACGUUUUGUGUAGAGGACAUUUUUGUCACUUCAUUGUUAAUCGCGUUUGGGGAAUAUUUCACCAUCAGUUCUAAAACAUCGAGGAAUAUAUCAUUUAAUACAUUUCCAAAGGACACACCUGUUCUCUAACCAACCGUAUAAUCAUGUAUAACCAUGUGACGUUACCAAAGACAAUUCUGUUCUGUAGUCAACAGGUCGUGUCGUCAUGUUUCGUCAUAUUCACCAACUCAUGUGUCUGUUGAUCUUAUUGGUCGUUUUACUGUAAAAUAUCCUCAUUUCACUGUCAAACGUUAUAAUUCAAUAAAUAAUUGACUUUGAGGAUGUUGAUAUUAUGGUUUAUCAACCCGUCCGGAACAAUAUCCACUGGGCACGAAUUCAACACAGAAACGUGAAUCAGUUAAAGCUGUUUUCAAAAUAUGUGUCCCAAGAUUAAUAAACUGAAGAUUUA